AUUGGGCCUUAAGGUAUGAAAUUAUGGCUCAUUAGAAUCAUCAUCAGAACGAAACCAGCGAUCAAAAUUGAUCGGCAUCUACUGAAUCAGUGCUCAGGCGACAACAAUGCAAGGAGGAUCGUCGGGAAUUGGAUACGGCUUGAAGUAUCAGGCGAGAUGUAUAUCGGAUGUGAAAGCAGAUACGGAUUACACCAGCUUCCUCACUGGAACCCUAAGUUUGAAAGAAGAAAACGAGGUUCAUCUGCUACGUCUGACAUCUGGUGGAUCAGAGCUGAUAUGCGAGGGCUUGUUCUCUCAUCCUAAUGAGAUUUGGGACCUUUCUUCUUGCCCUUUCGAUCAACGCAUUUUCUCCACUGUCUUUUCCACCGGUGAAUCAUUUGGAGCAGCGAUUUGGCAGAUUCCUGAGUUGUAUGGUCAACUGAAUUCUCCACAGCUUGAGCGUGUUGCUUCUCUUGAUGCACAUGUUGGUAAGAUUAAUUGUGUUCUUUGGUGGCCUUCUGGAAGAUGUGACAAGUUAAUCAGCAUGGAUGAACAAAACAUUUUCUUGUGGAGCUUGGACUCUUCCAACAAGUCUGCUGAGGUAAUAUCUAAGGAUUCGGCCGGGAUGUUGCAUUCUUUAUCUGGUGGUGCGUGGGAUCCACAUGAUGUAAAUGCUGUUGCUGCAACUGGUGAAUCAUCUGUCCAGUUCUGGGACCUGCGUACCAUGAAGAAGGUUAAUUCAAUUGAACGUGCUCAUGUACGAGGUGUUGAUUACAAUCCCAAGAGAGAGCAUAUACUUAUAACAGCAGAGGAUGAAUCUGGUAUACACGUCUGGGAUCUCCGGAAGGCCAAGACUCCCGUCCAAGAGCUUCCUGGUCAUACACAUUGGACAUGGGCUGUCAAGUGUAACCCCGAGUAUGAUGGGCUGAUUCUGAGUGCAGGAACAGACUCAGCUGUUAACUUGUGGUAUGCUUCAGCAUCAUCCACUAAUGACAAAGCUCCAGAAAGCCCUGUGGAAUCAACACGUCAGCGUGUAAACCUGUUGCUAAACUCAUACACUGAUUAUGAAGACAGCGUCUAUGGCCUUGCUUGGAGCUCACGUGAGCCUUGGGUUUUUGCAUCAUUAUCAUAUGACGGAAGGGUCGUCAUCGAAUCAGUGAAGCCUUUCCUUCCAAGACUGUAAUAAAAAUCUGACCCACACACGACCCAUCGAAAUCUUUGUCGGAAGAAAAGUUGGCACUUGCAACAAUGUACUUUUGACACAAUUUGUUUUGAAUCUUUAUGUAUCUAUCUAUCAUUCACACAGAUUCCUUUCAGUACCCAA